AUGAAAAAAGGCAAGAAAGCAAAGAGGAACGUGGCGAGAAGUGCUGUCCAGGUCGAGGAAACGCCACAAUGGACGGCCACCGAGGAGCACAACCAGGACCCCGCCCAUUGGGUUAUCAUGACGGGCGAAACACCCAGCACGCUGUCACAACGAUGGAGCUCGUGCCAUGAUAGAAUUGAUGCUUUGGUCUUUUACCAAGAUGGAAAGGGUCAUCCAUGGAGAGAGUUUUCCAACUGGUACCUCGAGAAGCACUGGUCUUUCGACUUUUGGCUGCCCCUCCGGCUGCUGGAUAUUGCUGGUGUUACGGAGGAGGAACAAGCUAACUUUGCCCCCAUGGUCCCUUGUGAUAAUAGCGAGAAAGCGAUCAUGCUGUGUAAGGCUGCUGUGAUGGGCGAUUUGGAAAUGUACAACAGAAUUGCUGCUGCAGAGAGCCCAAAAGCAGCAAAGAUGCUGGGGCGACGGGUUGCCCUGGAUGCUGGACGAUGGGGCGAUGUUGUUUGCGGUGUGGCCGUAGCUGUCUUGCGACAAAAGUUUUCCUCAUCCUCACAUCUACGGAAUGUGCUUCUGAGUACGGGCGACAAGAUCUUAUGUGAGGCAACGGCUAGGGACAAGACGUGGGCGAUUGGUGUCAGCAUCAAAAUGCCCGAGAUAUACCAGUUUCCGCACCGAUGGAGUGGGUGCAACGUCCUUGGUUGGUCGCUCAUGCAAGUACGGUCUGUUCUGGCAGCGGAAGAAAAACAGAACCAGGAAAUGUCCUCGGAAUGGGGCGCGCAGGUAGCUGGACGGAUUAAGUAA